AUCAAAUCUCGUGGCAUCCAGGACUAUCUAUGGAGUAUAAAUCUAUACAGGGAGACUUUUGUCUUCUCGCCAACUCACCCCUCACAAUUCUUGCCAAAUAUCAUCCCAGUUUCACUGUCCCGCUAAAACCAUCUUCUUUUACUUUGUAUCUUUACAUUCUCAGAAACAAGAGGUCCCGUCAGGUGGGGACUCUGGUCGCAGCAAACUGUUGUAAAUACAAUCAAAGGGGUGCAGUCAUCUCAGAGAGAGACAGCAGAUGGAAAAUACUCACAAAGGUCUUUGACCUGGUGCUGUCCAUUUGCUACCUUCUCAUCUACAUCAGCAUCUGCUGCUGGCCAUUUAAUCCAGACAGUGUCUUCUGUUAUUGCUAAUCGCAUUUUCCCUUAUUCUUCUCAGCUUGCUUCCAUCCUCGCUGCAACCAUUUGCUCUUGGGCAUAACUCUGCCUCUGCGACGCGUCGAUACAGAAGCUUGAGAAACAAAUUCCGUGUCACAAAUUCCCAGCUGGACAUCCUGGAGGUAAGCUUUUCUUCUGGUCAUCUUUUAGCUUUCCUGUCGUAUGUCUCCAUGUCGGUCUGACCCAGCAAGGCGCAGAGCCAGGCUCUCCUUAUUACAUCUCUUGGAAACCAAGUAAUCACGACUGUCUCUCAGCGCUCUGGAUAUAUUUGCGGAAACUUGUGCCCAAGAUGGUCCAAUCUAUUGAUAGUGCCAUGGCAGAGGCCUUGGACCACUUGAACCGCAUCGCGAACCAUGUAAGCGCAACCCGUCAAUGGCAUAAAUCUACCCACUCUUCUCUCGAGAACACUGACAGGAGUAGCUUCGGAAGCAUGGUCAGCACAAGUCGGCAAAUGAUAUUGGAAAGUUCAGUGUCAUGAUCGUGAAUUCAUUCACAGAAGGGAUCGAGAAUAUCCCUGACACUGACUAUGUGAUGGAAGACCCGGUAGGCCACUUCCACUUGCAUGCCCAGAAACAAAAGGGGAAUUGUCUGACUGAAGCCUGGUUAUAGUCUUAUGGUACUGCUGAGAGCAGCAAGAUGAGACCAGGCGCCAUUCAAGGUUCGCUUCGGCAGCAAGCAGUCGCAGCCCUCAUGGUCGAAAUGAAGAAGGGGCAGGACACCCUCUUCGCGAGCCACGUUAACGGAGAGACGAGAAGUCAGCUAGGAAUGGAAAGCCAGCCUCCUGUUGGAACCUGGGCUCGUGUUGCGAGUGCGAUAUCGGAUUUGGAAAUGAAUCCUUUUGGAAAGACGCAGUAUACUUCGGCCAUACCAAUGGGCCCUUUCCCACAUUCACCUCAGAGUCACAGUCCUGACCACACGGAGAUCAUUCUCCGAGCUCCAUCGCAGUCUGGCGGGGAUAUUAUGCCUCUGUAUAUCCAGGAACUAUCCGCGGAACCGAAGGCGGGAAUCAUUCGCGUCACCGGAAAGAUCAGUAAGGGCUUUGUUCAGUCCUUCACCAGUCGUGUCCACGAGGGACCUCUAUAUGAAAUCCGGAUAGAAUCUGCGCAGAGCGCGAGAGUGACUUUUCAAUAUGCAUCACAUGCGCUCGCGUUUUUGAAGUCGAAUGACGAUAUGCAGCGGAUGCUCAAAUACGGACGUCUUGGAGCGGGCUACCAGGUCGAGCUGGCGGAACUUGUUGACUGGAACGACGACCACCGCAAGAUGAACCAGCCGACCAGGGAACGCCGACGUCUCUCAUUUGCGAGAAAGAAGCUGUUCUCCGAGGGUCUGUCGCCGGAGAAAUGGAGGCAAGACAUCCGGGUGUUGGCAGGGCAGAACAUUGACUUCCUCUGGGUGUUUAAUUCUGGAAACGCGACUGCUGUGUUCACCAGCACCAAGAUUGCCCGCAAGGUUUUGGAGGCAUUUGAGAAGUGGAAGGACGGACGUAACGUCUACAGUGGCGUUUCGGUAACCUACUCUUCCGACCCCUGCGAGAAGGAAUUGGUGCUUACCAAAGAGGCCGCUCGUCCGGUGGUUGUGAAGUCUUACAACCAUGGGAACAGAAAAGCGAUACGCUGACGCGCGGCCCUCCAGCGCAGGAUGCUAGUAUUUGGCUUCCUCGCAGGUAACAGGUGGAUAGAAACAGGAUUUCUUCCCGUCGAGUCUUGGAACGAUUGCGAUGUGGAAUUGCUUUUGUGGAGGGUCUUGGCACGGCGCAUGGGCUGGGAAGGUAGAACCAUGCGACGUCUCUUGAUGAUGGUAUUCUAAUGUGUCGUUCUGUCAUCUAAACUUAAUAUUGACGAAAGGGGUUCGUCUAGGGUUGGUCUGUCGUUCAUAAUCAUACACGGUUAAAAUUCAGCCCAUACUAGUAUUAUCCACCGCAUGUAACCACUCCUG